AUGUAUUUUCUAGAUAAUUUGGAACGUUUUGUACUAUAUUUGUUAUGUGGAUGUUUUAUGGGUUUAACAAUUAUUUUAACAAUAAUUACUAUUAUUUUAUAUAAUGAAAAACGUAUAAGUACUAAAACGAUGACUCAUGAUAUUUUACCUAAUAGUUCGCCGAAUAGUUUUGUGACACAAGAAAAAAAUAAAUAUGAAUUUACAACGACAAAAGAUUAUUCUAAAUCGUAUAUACCCGUUUAUCGAUAUAAUAGUCGUGCACUUAUACACAAUUCAAUUGUGAAUGAUGAUGAUAGAAAACCAACACUAAAACAUUUUACAUCAAAUAACGGAUAUUUUCCAACAUCAUACACAUAA